AUGUCGACCACUGCUUCCGUGAAAGAGCUGACGUCCCGCCUGGAAACCAAAAAGCACAUCUCCUUCCUGCUCAGAUGCCUGCGCAUGCUUCCUCAACCCUACACUUCGGCUGAUGACCAACGAAUGACGCUCGGCUACUUUGCUAUCUCUGGACUUGACCUUCUCAACGCAACCAACAAGAUCCCCACCGAGGAGAAAGUCGAGCUGAUUGAUUGGGUGUAUGCGCAGCAGCUACCAACGGGCGGAUUCCGCGGCUCGCCCAGCACCACCUCGCCAUGCUCUUCUUCUACCACAUCGGCCUCAGGAGGAGCAAACAUAGCUAUGACUUACGCAGCACUUCUCGUCCUCGCCAUACUACGGGAUGACUUUGCACGCCUCGAUCGUGAGCCGCUCAAACGCUUCAUCAGCUCACUUCAGCAUCGAGAUGGCGGGUUUGCAGCGGAGCAAGCAGUGGUGGGAGGGAUCGUCGAUCGAGAUCCAAGGUUCACGUAUUGCGCUGUUGCGAUCUGCUCAAUGCUCGGUGAAGCAGAAGAAGGAGUGAUGGAUUUGGAAGCGUUGCAAAGCUUUUUGCAAAGGUGUCAGAGGUACGAUGGUGGGUUCGGAGCUAGUGAGUCGCACGAAGCGCAUGCCGGGAUGACAUACUGCUGUGUUGCUGCGCUGCAUUUGCUUGCUCGGAAUGGUCCUGAAUGGGAGAGGAAAAACGAGGCGGUAUCCUGGCUUGUGCAUCGUCAAGUAGCCCCCACCUUGGAGCAGGCUGCCACAAAGACAGCACCAUCACGAGUCACGCCUCCGGAUUCCGAAUCAGAAUCGUCAGACCAAGAGCAAGAGCGAGAGCAAGACCACCUCACCGGCGGCUUUCAAGGUCGACCAGCGAAACUGCCUCCAGACGUAUGCUACUCCUUUUGGAAUGGUGCAUGCUUGUCGCUGUUGGAGCAACACGACCUGAUCGAUAGCUUCGCCGAUGCGACCUACGUCUUGUCUGCACAGAGCAGAGUCGGUGGGAUAGCCAAGAUACCAGAUGACCAUCCGGAUCUGUUACAUACGUAUCUGGGCUUGGCUUCACUGUCCUUGCACCAAGCAGCAUCAACGGAAGCAAAAUCGGGAGGUGCAGGAGAAGCAGGGGCAAGCAUCGACUUUGGAUUGAAACCGCUCGAUGCAGCUUACAACUGCAGUAUGACGACCAAAGAGUGGAUACGAACGCAGCUAACCAAAUAG